UCUGCGAAUGAUGCUGACGCCAAUUCCAGGACUCCGGACAGAAACACAAUGGGCGGGCGUGGGCGCCUGAUCCUUCCUGCCAGCAUCCAGCACUUGUGUUUGGGAUCUGAGGUGCUGCCGCUCUUUGGGCGGGAAAAGCGAGCCACUCCACCCCAGUAGUCACUUUCUGUUUCUCCUGUUCUAAGCGGGGGGUGGGGUGAGGGGUGGGCGGUUCUUGACCUUCUGGUCCACUGUGUUUCUUGUGCCCUGGCGCCAGCUGUGUCCCUGACCCCAGAAUAAAUCAGGGCUGCACCGGGCCUGGCAGAGCUCCCGAUACAUUUCCUGUCACGGCCUAAGGGAGACUGUUGACCGCUGCGACUCUUGUUUGGGAUUGUUGGCGGAUAGGGGGCCCGGAGGAGGGAGGGGAGAGAGGACUGGGUGGAGGCUGGCAGCUGUGGAGGGAGGGCGGUGACCGGGCUCGGAGGCAGUGCUGCGCCCUCGGGCGGGACAGACCCAAGUUAGGAGCAGCUGCAGGCACCGAGCCUCGAACAUGAGACUAGCGCUCGCCCUGUGCUUGCUGGGGCAGGUUCUUUGGUUUGGGACAGGCGCGGGCGAGCACCCCCCCGCGGAUCGAGCAGGGUGCUUGGCGUCGGGGGCCUGCUACAGCCUGCACCACUCGACCAUGAAGAGGGAGGCGGCCGAAGAGGCCUGCAGCCUGCGCGGUGGGGCGCUCAGCACCGUGCAAGGGGGCGCCGAGCUGCGCGCGGUGCUGGCUCUGCUGCGGGCAGGCCCGGGACCCGGAGGGGGCUCCAGGGAUCUGGUGUUCUGGGUGGCGCUGCAGCGAGAGCGUUCCCACUGCACCCUGGAGAAUGAGCCAUUACGGGGCUUCUCCUGGAUGUCCCCCGACGCCAGUGGGGCCGAGAACGACACGCUGCCAUGGGUAGAGGAGCCGCAGAGCUCCUGCACGGCGCGCAAGUGCGCUGGACUCCAGACCACCGGGGGAGUUGAGCCCGCGGGCUGGAAGGAGAUGCGGUGCGGCCAACGUGCCAAUGGCUACCUGUGCAAGUACCAAUUUGAGGCCUUGUGUUCCGCGCCACGCCUUGGGGCCGCCUUUAACUUGAGUUACCGCGCACCAUUCCAAAUGCAAAGCACUGCGCUGGACUUCAGUCCUCCUGGGACCAAGGUGAGUGCAUUCUGCCCUGGGCAGCUCUCUGUCUCAGCCACUUGCCUCGUGGAUGAAACGGGCACACACUGGGAUGGGCUACCCCUGGAGGCCAUGCUCUGUCCUUGUCCUGGGCCUUAUCUCCGUGCUGGCAAAUGUGUGGAGCUCUCUGACUGCCUUGAUGACUCCGGAGGCUUUGCCUGCGAAUGUGCUCCCGGCUUCCAUCUGGGGACAGACAGACUCUCUUGCGUGACCAACGGCGAUGUUCAGACAGAACAUAGGGGGACUAACGUGUCCACCAAGCGCCCGCCCCGUGUGCCUGGACCAAGCAGUUCAGCAACGUCUACUCCUGGGAUUCUUCACGGGGAAGCACUGAGCACCAUGCCCACCUUCCAAAUGUCCCCUCAAACCAAAGCAGAGAACACCACCACCCCAGCCGGAAGUAUUGUCCGUAUUAUCCCCAUUAAUUCUACGUCUUCCUCUGCCAUUCCGACUGCUUGGGACUCCUCCACCGUGGUCUUCAUUCUCGUGAGCAUAGCAGUGGUAGUGCUGGUGAUCCUGACCAUGACGGUGCUGGGACUUUUCAAACUCUGCUUUCACAAGAGCCCUUCCUCCAGGCCCGUGAAGGGGCCUUUGUCCCUACAGGGUGUGGAGAGUAGUACUGAAGCUCAUUCACCUUCCAGUUCUGCACCUUGCACGGACAACGGGGUGAAGGCCGGGGACUGCGGUCUGCGGGACAGGGCAGGGGACGCCUCCCUGGUGGAGUCCUGUCUUGGCUCUGGUAGUGAUAUAUAGGGAAACAAGAUGUGGGCACUCCUGGACAACACAACUGUUCACUUUCAAUGAAAGGGAAGCCGGAGAGGAAUUUGUGAGUGACGAUUCCUACAAAAAUCCCCUUUCCUCUGAAUUCCCUAGGCUCUCCUGGGGAGCAAAAACUGAACUGCACAUUCUUCCCGAAAGGUGGAAGAGGUGGAAGUGCCUUAGGGUGGUACUGGGCAGAAUGGCAGAGUGGGAGGUGCGAAGGUAUGCUGGGAGGAGGUAGUUUCUCUUGCUUAUUCUGGGAAAUUUGAAGAGGUUAUUGGACAUUUAAGACACUGGAAGCAAAUAGAAAACAAUGCAAGAUUUUUAAAUGUCUAUUUUUACAAAGACAAGAAGGAUCUUUCAGUUUAUAUUGUCCAAGUUGGAAGUAUAUUGGUUUGAAAAUCCCAAGCCAAAAAAAUAUAUGUAAAUAAAUAAAGCAUUGUUAACCUAGA